CACAGAACGCGGCCUUGGCAAUGUUAUUCUUGCGCGGUGGCCGCUGCGUCACUCGCGUACUAGGUGCUGUGUAAACUGUAGUGAAAUAUCUUUAGAUAUUGUGCAAAAAUUAUAUAACUCAAAUAGCUACAGUAAACUUCAUAAUACUAAAGCAUAUUUAAAUAUAUGUUAAGUGAAACAUCUACCCACACAACUCGUGACAGUUCGUGAUCGAUAAAACUCAUAACCUCUCGACAAUUUUGACAUGUAGAGAAAUUGAAAACAAGAGAAGUGAAUCGUUAAAUUAUUUUUUUAAAAGUGAUAUCUGUGUUGACUUUAUCCACCUGUGACCGGAAACAUGGCUAGACGCUUGUUAUGCCACAUGAUUUUGAACUCUAACACAACGACGUUAAAAUCGUCGUUGCCUAUACUCAGUAAAAACAUACAUAGUCAGGUACCAACGAAAGAAAUCCAGAUCCCAUUGAAGUUUGGACAUAUUGCGGGCAAACUAUGGGGCAACAGCAACGAGCGACCAAUACUGGCGUUACACGGAUGGCAGGACAAUGCAGGCACAUGGGACCCUCUGAUCCCCAUGAUCUUAAAAGACAGACCGAUAUUAGCCUUGGACUUUCCUGGACACGGAUUUUCAUCAUGGAUUCCUCCUGAUAUGCAGUACUACCAGUGGGAAUUGCCGAGAAUUAUUUUGUAUCUGAAAGAAUACUUCAAAAUGGAGAAAGUAUCAAUAUUGUCUCAUUCUAUGGGAGCGAUAGCAUCCAUGCGUUUCGCGUCCGUGUUCCCAGAUGACGUUGAUUUUUACAUUGCUAUAGACAGCCUUAUUUAUGACGACUACGAUUUAGAUGCAGUAGUCAGUAAAAUUUCUAAAACAAUGAAAAAAGCUUUAAUCUCACAGACACGGCUAAAUGAUGAGCCACCGACAUACACUUUAGAGGAAAUUACCAAAAUAUGGCAUUUGGGCACGAGGAAGUCUGUGGCUAUGGAAAGUGUUCAGCAUUUACUAAAAAGGGGUAUAAAAGCAUCGAAAGCCGAUCCCAAUAAGUAUUAUUUCUCCCGUGACUCAAGACUAAAGUAUACAUUGUUCAAUCCAGAGGAUAAAAAAUUCGUUGAAGCCCUGGUGAGGAGACUGAAAUGUCCAACAUUGUAUGUCAAAGCGAUAGACUCUCCGUAUUCUGCUGACGCAUAUUCUAUAGAAAUGCGCGAAAUUUUAGAACAAAAUAAUGAAAAUUAUGAAUUUCAUUUUGUACCGGGUACACACCACGUUCACUUAAACAAUCCCGAGUUAAUAGCUCCACUUAUUAAAAAUUUCAUUCAAAAUCAUAAUCUAACUCUUUAAGUUACGAGACAAGGAACAGUAUUUUGUUUGGAAAUUUACUCAAAUACGUUAUUUACUCCACAACAUUGUUUUAUUGUGUGAAUAUUGCACAAAAUAAUUUUAUAUGCAUUUUUUCAAGCAUUAAUAUAAUUUUUGAUGAAACAUUUUGAUGUUCAUGUUGCUAAGGAAUGUUGUAUCUGUACAAUCUAGUUACAAUUGAUAAAUAAUACAAAAUACACUAGUCAUAUUUGUUGUUACAUUUAAAAUAAAUACAAUAUAUAGAUAUGUUACAUAUAUAAAUUUAAUAUUCUUUACACAGGUAAACAUAUAAAAGUCAUAAUCAUAAAUUAUUCAUAAAAGCUACAAACAUCAUUUAUACUUUGAGUAAGAAUUAAUUUGAAGCUUCACUAGUACAUGAAAUGUCUAAACUGGAAUUACUAACACUGUCACAAAUAUGUGCACCUUUUCUUAGAGGCAAAACUUUCAGUAGUGCGUCUUGCCACGGCACUCCUUCGCAUACUCGUAGGACAAUCUCAAAAACUGAAACGAACAAAGAUAUUAUUUUAUAAUAUAUGUUGUUGCUGUUUAGGUUUAUAUUUUAUAAGGUAUAAGGCAAAUUAGUAUUUAUGGCCUACAUAAUAAGUUGUUAUUUACCAUGAUCAAUUGUCAGCACUUUUCUAGUUUUCAUAUUGAUGUAUUUAUCCAGUGGUAGCUGUCCAUGCCUAAUACCUUGCUCUACUGCUAUUUUAUGGCAGAGACCCUGAAAUAUGUUUAGUAAAUCAAUAUAAGAUAAAAAAGACACAUUUUAACCAAAUUGUAUGCCAGAACCACAAAUCAGAUCUCUAAGCAGAGACGCAAUGUAUUUUUGUUGUGUCUCAUAAUUUUUAGCCAUUGACAAGAGGUUACUAUAUGAGUUACUAUUAGAGAGUUAGUUACCAAUGCACCUCAUCAGACCUCAUUUACUAAGAUAGGCAUAGGUUUACUUAUAAUAUUACUUACUACUGUAAGGAGUCAUUAGUAAGCAUCACAUUAGUUAUACUUGUCAUAUGAAUUUGUGUCAAAGAAAAUAGUUACCAGGCUAACAAAUACCAAAUAGUAGCUAAUGAAAUUAACUUAUGUACAGAUAUUUAUUGCUGGUUGGCUAUGUUAUUAAUGUAAUUCUUUUUUUAAGAAAAAAGACAUACUUAGUAACAGUUUUGUAUCCUACAACUUCAUAGUAACAAUGAUUUAUUUAUUUAUUUUCAUAACAAAGACUUAUAUGUCCUGCCUAAAACUUUAAUGUUAGAUUUAAGUGUAUAGUACUUAAUUGGGAUAUAUACCUUAUGUUUAUUGUGAUCUACAAGGCCUCCAAUAAUGUAAGCUGUGUUCUCCUCAAAUUCUUCAAUUACAUUGUCAGAUUCACUUGUUAAAUACACUAUUUUGUCCUUUGGGAACACUUCAAGGUAUGACACUUCAUGGAAGUCUAUCUGAAAAAUAUUUAAUAACAUAAUUAUUUAUUAUAAGAAAAAACAAAUGAUAUUAAGUAUUUAUUUGGACCAUUACAAGAUAAUUGUAUGUUUUUAUGAUAUUAUAAUUUAUUAAUAAAGGGUUAAUAUUUAAAAUAAA